UCCCACACUGGCAGUCAGGUUGUUUUCAGAAUCGAAAAUGCUGAGGUGACAGCAGCACUGCCGGGUACGCAGACAUCGGAACAAGGCUGCGCAUAUUCAUAUCGAUCUGGAUCCAUCGACCCAUCACUGUAACUCCAGCUACCAGUCCAUCAGGCUCAUGGCCUCCGACCGCCUCAGCGCCCUCAAGGCCCUCGACGACACCAAGGCCGGCGUCAAAGGUCUCGUUGAUGCGGGCGUCACCACCAUCCCGGCCAUCUUCCACCACCCUCCUGAAUCCUUCACCCCGUCGGCUUUCUCCACCGGCGUCGUCAUCCCAGUCAUUGACCUCUCGGGCAGCCGGCCGGACGUCAUCGGUGCGGUGAAGGCCGCCGCCGAGACGCUGGGCUUAUUCCUGGUGGUGAACCAUGGCGUCCCGGAGGCGAUCAUGUCGGAGAUGCUGGCGGCCGUGCGGCGGUUCAACGAGGAGACGGCGGAGGCCAAGGCGCCCUACUACACACGGGACCAGGGGCGGCGCGUCAGGUACAACUGCAACGCUGAUCUCUUCCAGUCGCCGGCGGCCAAGUGGCGCGACACCAUGCACGUGGACGACCCCGACCAGAUACCCGAGGAGGUCCUCCCGCCGGCGUGCAGGGGCGUCACGUCCGAGUACGGUCGGCAGAUGCGGCGGCUGGGGCGCCAUCUGCUCGAGCUCUUUUCGGAAGCGCUGGGGGUGCGGGGCGGGUACCUCGAGGAGGAGCUGGGCUGUCUGGACCGGCUGCGCUUGGGCUGCCACUACUACCCGGCGUGCCCGGAGCCGGACCUCACUCUGGGCGCCAUCAGGCACUCCGACCCCAGCUUCCUCACCGUUCUGCUCCGGGACGGCGCCGUCGGCGGCCUCCAGAUGCUCGUGGACGACCUCGGGGACGGCAAGUCUGCGGCAUGGGUGGAAGUGCCGGCGGUGGCGGGCGCACUGGAGGUGAACGUCGGCGACUUCCUGCAGGUGGCGUCCAACGACAGGUUCAAGAGCGUGGUGCACCGUGUGGUGUCAAACAGCGUCGGGCCACGAGUGUCUGUUGCGUGCUUCUUCAUGGCGAAGGACGCCACGGUGUGCGCCCCGGUGGUCGUCGACGGGGCUGGUCCGCCGCGCUACAGGAGCGUCACGGCGGAGGAGCUAUUCCGCUCAUCUAGCACCGCAAUCAGGUCGCACUUGCUGUCCCGGGCUGCGCUCAACAACUUCAGGCUCUAGCUUUGGGCUCUCGGUAAUAAUUUACCAAUUGGCGCAAAAUAAACGGAAUAUCUAUACCAUAAAAUAGCUUAUGAACGUGUGAUCAGUAGAGUAAAAUUAUUCUCUCAAAAAAAAGUAGAGUAAAAUUAUACAGAUAACUGUUCAGCAUGUGUGAUCACUGGUCAUCGAUCGGAUUUCGGACCCCUAUAUAUGUAUGAAUGAAAUCGUAUGUCUUA